CUAACCAUCGGCAUUAGUGUUGUCGUUUUUCCAACCAUCACGUUCCUUCUUCUCCUAGAGACGAUUGACAACAUGAUGUUCCCUUCGUUCAAGAGGCCUGCUCUCUUUGCUCUGUCUGCCUCGACGGCAGUCAUGGCUCAGAUGACCACCUCUGACUUUUCACCUAACAAUGCCGUGUCCGACACUCCUUCGGCGCAGAUCACGUCAGUAUCAUCCUCUGCCUCGAUUGGCACGGUUCUCCUGCAUGGCACACCGACUACUUACUCUGUGCAAUACACUCUGCCUGCUGCCAUCGAUGUAGGCGCAAACUUGCUCCCCAACAUCGAGGAUCCUGAGGCCAAGGUUGCUCAGACAGUUUGCCCCGGCUACAGAGCCUCCAACGUCGAGCACACUCAGCAUGGUUUCACGGCCAGCUUGUCUCUUGCCGGCGCGUCCUGCAACGUCUACGGCACUGACAUUGAGGAUCUCAACAUCACCAUCGCCUACCAAUCUUCCCACCGUCUUUCGGUCAACAUUUCCCCUGCUUUCGUCACUGCUGAGAACUCCAGCCACUACAUUCUGCCUUCGGGCAUAGUGUACAAGCCCGAGCAAGGCGUUCCUGACGAACCUACCGAGGACAUUGAUCUUCAGUUCGUUUGGUCCAACGACCCCACUUUCUCAUUCGCUGUCUUGAGAAAGUCAACUGGCGAUGUAAUCUUCUCUACCGAGGGCACUGUCCUUGUCUACGAGGACCAGUUCAUCGAGUUCGUCUCUGCUCUACCCGAAAACUACAAUCUUUACGGCAUGGGUGAGAACCUCCACGGAAUCCGACUUGGAGACAACUACACGACUACCUUCUACGCCGCAGACAACGGUAAUCCCAUUGACCGCAAUCUUUACGGUGUCCACCCGAUGUAUGUCGACACCAGAUACUACGAAAAGGACCCGGUGAAUGGCACUUUGUCUCUUUUGACUGGUGACACCGACACCGACACCAACGCCAGCUAUAUCUCGUACAGCCAUGGCGUUUACCUGAGAAAUGCCCAUGGCAUGGAGGCUCUCAUGCAGAAUGGCAACAUUACUUGGAGAGCCCUUGGUGGAAGCAUCGACCUUUACUUCUUUGACGGUCCUACUCAGGCUGAAGUCACCAAGCAGUACCAGCUGGGUGCAGUCGGUCUGCCUGCCAUGCAGCAAUACUGGGCUUUCGGUUACCACCAAUGUCGCUGGGGUUACAAGAACUGGACCAUGAUGCAGGACGUUGUUGACAACUUCGCCAAGUUUGAGAUCCCUAUGGAGACUAUCUGGAACGAUAUCGACUACAUGUUCCAAUACCGCGACUUUGAGAAUGACCCCAACACCUUCCCUUACGACCAGGGCAAGCAGUUCAUCGACGGACUCCACGCUAACGGCCAGCACUACGUUACUAUCGUCGACUCGGCCAUCUACAUCCCCAACCCUGAUAACGAGACUGAUGCUUACUCUGUCUACAGCCGUGGUCAUGAGCUGGACGUUUUCAUGAAGAAUGCUGAUGGCUCCGAGUACAUCGGUGCUGUCUGGCCCGGCUUCACUGUUUUCCCCGAUUGGCACGCCGAAAAUGCUUCUCAGUGGUGGACCGAGUCUCUCAUGAACUGGUACCAGAACGUCCAGGUUGACGGUAUCUGGAUUGACAUGUCGGAGGUCAGCUCCUUCUGCGUCGGCAGCUGUGGUACUGGUCAACUGCAUAUGAACCCUGUUCACCCUCCCUUCGACCUUCCUGGUGAGCCCGGCUCAGUCGACUAUAACUACCCUGAGGGCUUCAACGUCACCAACUCCACCGAGUACGCCAUUGCCUCUUCCAAGUCUGCCAUCCAGGUAGCUGCCAACUCCGCCACCAUGACCUCGACCACCACCCAGCCCUACCUCCGCACUACCCCUACCGCUGGCGUCCGUAACGUCGAUCACCCUCCCUAUGUUAUCAACAACCAGCUCGGUGAUUUGGCUGUCCACGCUGUUGCCCCCAACGCCACUCACUCUGAUGGUGUCGAAGAGUACGACGUCCACAACCUCUUCGGUCUUGAGAUCUUGAAUGCCACUUACAAUGCUCUCACCCAGACCAUCAGGGGUAAGCGUCCAUUCAUCAUUGGACGUAGCACAUUCGCCGGUGCUGGCCAGUAUGCUGGCCACUGGGGUGGUGACAACUACGCCACCUGGGAGUCUAUGCUGUUCAGCAUUCCUCAAGCCCUCGAUAUGGCUCUCUUUGGUAUUCCUAUGUUCGGCGCCGACACCUGUGGUUUUAGUGGAAACUCAGAUGAAGAGCUUUGCAAUCGCUGGAUGCAGCUGAGCGCUUUCUUCCCCUUCUACCGCAACCACAACACCCUGGACGAUAACUCUCAGGAGCCUUACAUUUGGGGCUCAGUCAUUGAUGCUAGCAAGCGUGCCAUGGCCAUUCGCUACUCGCUUCUUCCUUACAUGUACACCCUGUUCCACAUGGCACACACCACUGGCAGUACUGUUAUGAGAGCCAUGGCUUGGGAAUUCCCUCAUGAUCCCAGCCUUAUCGCUGCGAAUCGUCAAUUUAUGCUCGGACCCAGCUUGCUCAUCACCCCUGUUCUAAUUCCUCUGGCUACCACUGUGAACGGUGUCUUCCCCGGUAUCAAGGAGGGCACUGUCUGGUAUGAUUGGUACAAUCAGACCGCUGUCUCCGUUGCCCCUGGCGCCAACAUCACCUUAAAUGCCCCUCUUGGCCACAUCAAUGUUCACAUUCGUGGUGGCAGCGUCUUGCCUCAGCAGGAGGCCGCUCUUACCACCACUGCCAGCAGAAACAGCUCUUGGAGUGUCAUCACUGCUCUCUCAGCCGAGGGUACUGCCACGGGCAGCCUGUACAUUGACGACGGUGAGAGCAUCAUCCAGAACUCGACCCUCUUUGUCGACUUCACCGCCGAGAACAACCGCCUGUACGCCUCAGCCCGCGGCUUGUGGCAGGAGAAGAACGCUCUCGCCAACGUCACCGUCCUCGGCGUUCAGAACGCACCUUCAAACGUGACGCUCAACGGCCAGGCUCUGUCCGGUUUCAACUACAACUUCACCACCAAGGUCCUCAAGGUCACCGGCCUGCAGAACGCUACUUCUUCCGGUGCCUGGGCCAACGACUGGGUUCUCCAGUGGUAAAGGAGUAGAAAGAUUCACAUGACUUAAUGAUUUAAAGGAUCCCAUUGAGGUGGCUUUCAAAAAUGUUCAUAUGGAGGAACGUCUUUCCAUAGAAAUUCGUGAUACACAGAUUUGCUUAUACCACCAAAGUGCCCGAGUGU